AUGACUUCAGUUAUUCCUAUGAUGGCGCUAGUAGUUGCCACAUUUUCUCCCUAACCUCUAAACAAUUCCGUCUUUACCGCGUGUACUGUGCGCAUAUACUUCUGUAACUACUCGAUUUUGUGCGUGUUCAUUUUAAGAAGCAAAUAUGUCUAAGAAAUUCAAAAAGCGGUCCGCAAAUGAUAGUAAUAAUCUAGUAGAAAAAUCUGAAAAGAAAGAUAUAAAAGAUACAUUGUCAGUGCCAAAGAAACAAAAGCUGGAAAUAGUUCAUGAUAUACAAAAUGCAAAUGCAGUUUCCAAGAAAGCAAAGAAAGCAGAGAAAGCAGUUGCUUCUCAAGAUAAUAUAAAUGUAAAUAAAAAAAAAAAAGAAAAAAAUAAAAGUGAAAAUAGUAUAACUUCUCCUUCUAAGUUUAAACAGAACGAAGAAUGCCAGAAUGGUGAAGGACCGACUGCUUUAUCCAGAAAAAAUAGAAUUACAUUACUAAAGGAACAAAAUAAACAAUUAAGUAAAGAAAAACGCAAGAUAUUCCGUCGUGAAGAAGGACAAAUGAAAACCAUGACCUCUAAAUUGUCUAUUGAACAAAUAAAAGAAAAAAUCAAAGAAUUACAAAAUAGAGAAACAUUGUCUAAAUCUGCAAAAAAGAAAUUGGGUACUUUAAAGAAAAUAUUGAAAGUAGAAGAAGAAACAAAUGGCUUGCAAGAAUCAACUGAUAACAAUAAAGAUACAAAAUCUGACGCUACAAAAGUUAGUGACAAAAAAGAAAAGAAAAAACUUACUGCAAACGAAAAUAAUUUGGCAGACAAUAAUAGUAAAAAAAAAGUUCAAAAGAUACAAAAAGAUACAAAAUUGAAAGAAGUGGAGAUGAUCAAUGAAAAAGAUAAAAACUCAUUGUCUGUUAAAUUUACAAAUAAGCAGAAAUCUAAACAGCAAAAGAAUACUAAAGUACAGCCAGGUAGUUUAUUAAGACUUAAACCACAAAAAGAUAAAGAUGAAAACGAAGGUGUGGAAGAAUCAAAUGAAGAGGAAGAAAAUGAAGAUCAAGUUAAAUCUCAAAAAUCACUAAAUAAAAAAAUACAUGUAGAAGAAGAUGAAGAUGACGAUGAUGAUGACGAUGAUAAUGACGAUGAUGACGACGACGAUGACAACGACGAAGACGAGGAAGCGGAUGAGGAAGAGGAAGGUGAAAAAUCAGAAGAAGUGAAAGAAGAGGAAGAGGAGGAGGAGGAGGAGGAGGAGGAAGAAGAGGAGGAGGAUGAAGGAGAUAUAGAAGGUGAAGUAGAAAGCAAGGAUAAAGGUCCUGAUAAGAAAUUAAAGAUAAAGAAAAAACCAGAGAAAAAGAAUGAAAUUCCAAAUGACAAGAAGCAAGGUUCUAAGAAAAAAAGAUACGUUCUCCAUGUUGCAAAUAUACCAUAUAGCGCUAAUUCAAAUGACAUUAGAAAACAUUUCCUAACUAAAGUCAGUGCAAUAUCUGAUGUUAGAAUACCAAAAAAUAUGAGCACAAAUAAAUCUCGAGGAUUUUGUUACAUUGAACUAGGAAAUCAAGAAGAUUAUGAGAAAGCACUGUCACUGAAUAAUUCGACCUUUCAAAAUCGCGUGAUAAAAGUACAAUAUACCACGGAUUCUAAACGUGAUAAUGCAAAACAAAUCAUCAUAGCGAAAAACAAAAAAUUGGACGCACUUCGAAAAGAAGGAAAGUUAGCAGGAAGUCAAAAAAAGACUGACAAGAAGUUAAAGAAAGGGAAAAAAAAUGCUAACUCAUCGACGACUUAGGCAUUAGAUAAAAAUACAUAUAAUUUGCGGAGAAAAACUACCUGUUUCACCUUAUCUUUAAUCUCCUAACUCUUCGUAAUUAAUCUUGCAACAUACUUAUACAUAUAUAUUCAUAAAAUACGAAGGAGACUAAAGCUAUAAUUGAUCAGGUCCCAUCAAUUUUUUUAAUAAAUCUGACAGUUUUUAUACGUAUCAUCGAACGUCAAUUUUUCGCUGUCGAAUGCCAUGUUCCGAGUUUCUACAAAAAACAAAAGUAUAUUGUGGCAUACGUCAGUUCAUGUAGAUCAAAUGACACGGUGUCAAAAGUAAGAACACGUUAACCGAACCGAUGAAAUUCGAUUCCUAUCUUAUUUCAAACUUACUAGGAUCUAUUAUAGCAUAUGAUAGCAUUCCAUUCAUGUCCUUUAAAAAUAUUCCAAAUACAAAUCGACGCAUAAUCAUAUGAUAUACUUAUAAAAUUAUUAUUGUCGUAAUACCGGAUUCGAAAGACAUGAACACAAAGCUUAAAAA